ACACAAUAUUAUGGGGCUACUUGCUACUUUAGAAUCUAUAUGGCUUCUCAAUCGGUAGAACCAUGAAUUCAGAAAAUCCUAAGGGAGAAAAAGACCUCAAGCCUAGCAUAGACUUUAAAAUUUCAAAAAUAAUGUCGGACUUGAUUGUGUCAUACGGUGCAAGUGAGAUGCUGUAGAAGCUGCUGUCACACUAUAUGACAUAAAGUUGCUGGAACACUAUUGUAUCAGACCGAUCCAACAGACAUAUCAGUUGAUCAAUAAAUGAAAAUCCAGUUGUAACUGUCAAUGUGCUUAUUAUUGCAGUUAUGUGCUUAAAAGAGGGAGAGGAGUAUAGAAGCAAAAGGAAAGAAGACAAUUUACCGGUGCAAAUGUCAACAUCUGAAGGCUUGAACAGGUCAAGAAUCAGACGUUAGUCACAGCACCAAUCAUAUUUUCCCAGAAUGCAUCAGACACUGCUUGAUGCUUCAUGUUUGAUGCAGGAUGUUUUUGGUGAAUAGGUGUUUAAAGCAUUUGUCACACCAAUCGUUUUUGCCUGGCAAAAUAUUUUGGCUGAGAUAACCACACAGGCUGAACCUGAAUUUAAGUACAGUCCUUCUCUGGAUGGUUCAAAUAACAACAUUCAGUAUUUGUGUGGCCUAGUUAAAGUCUGGACUUCAAUCCAAUUGCAAUCCCAUAGUGUGAAACAGGUUGCUAUGCUUAAAACCUCUCCAAUGUGGCUAAACAAUCAAUUCCUCAGCAACUGGUUGGCACUUAACACAAAGGGCUGAUGGCAGUCGUUGCCGCCAAGGGUUCCAAACCAAUUAUUAGGGUUAGAAGCUCAAGUUUGUUUGGAUGUCUUAUUUCCCUCAAUUAAGAAAAAAAAUGUUUGUUGAUGACAAAGUUCAUUUAAAUAACUUGUGGAAAAUCAGAAGAAAUCUGCAAUGGAGCAAAUGCAUUUGGACUACUCUGCAGAGGACUACACUCUGCAGUUAGGAAUGCUACCCUGCGAGGGGUGGAAAACAAUGGCAAAGUGGGAGGAGACAGAAUGACAGAGAGAGAAGCUGAGAGGAAGCUAGAGAGCCAAGACAGGAAGACAAACCAGUGUAGCAGGUUUGCGUCACUGUACUCAGUCCAUCAUGCAAAGCAAAGAGAAGAGCAACAAAGAGAGGAGUUAGAUGCUGAUGUCACCGCUGAGCGCUGUCCACAUCUACCAACAUGAUGGCUUGGGAUGUGAUCAGAGGACGCGUUUUGUGAAGGUCCUGGAAGUAUGUCACUGAAGCUGUGAAUCGAAAUUUGAAGUCUCAGAAAACAAAUUCAGAAGAGGAACCAAAGAAGACAAUCUAAUUGUCAACCACAUUUAGGGAUACAUCCAGAGAAUUUCAUUUUUGAAAUAAGCUUUUUCUUCUUUUUUGCAAAAGUCCUUCAAAAAGACUGGGAUCUGUCAAACACCAAUUUCUACUUUUUUCUUUUUGAGAAACAAAAUUUCAUAAAAAAAACAAUUCUGUUUUUAACUCUCAAACAAUGGACUUGCUCCCACCUUCAACAAGUGAAGAUAUCCCAGAGAGUACGGGUAUGCGAUUCACUGUCCGCUCAGCUAACUCUCCUUCCUACAGUCUCACUCGUAGGUCAGGGGUAAGGAAGCGACUGACAGCUGAGAAUGCUGAUGACACUGAUUGUUUAAACACAAAAGAGGACUUGGGUUUUGUCUACCAGAAAGACAUCAACCAGAGUGAUGCAGAGAGAAACCCCCAAGAGAGUGGGACUGUUGUUGGAGGAAGCCUGGCACUCCAUGGCUUGGGCAGGACAGAGGGAAGGGGAGGCAACAUGCCAAGCAGAAGUAUGAGUUUAGACUUGAGAUCAAAGUCAAGAAGUCUAUCUAGGACUACCACAGCUGGCGAACCCAAAUUGCUUGGUAAAACAGAAAUUAGAGGUUUCGAGGAACAAAGGGCAGAAAUUGAGAAAAUACAGAGAGGUGGGACUUCUUCCUCAAGUCCUACUUACUUUGAAGACAAUCACUCAGUAAAUCACAAAGACUUUGCAGACAGAGUCGGUAAGGCCAACACACUUCCUGUCAGAUUUAAGACCGAGUCCAGGCCUGCCUCGAGGCUCGACUGUCCGUCAGGGCCCCAAGGUGGGCAGAGCAUCAAAGAACGCAUACAGAAACUCUUUGAAUCUGCUGGUGAUACAACAGUUGGGGGAACCUUUCCCAGGCGGUUCUCAUCGUGUGAUGACUACAGUCCGGUGAGAAAAGUGACAACCAUCUGGGCUCCAAAGGAAGAAAAUCAUCCAAGCUCUGAGACGUUAGCUUCUAUUGAGACAAUCAAACUCAAAGAGAGAUCAACAGAGACACGUAGGCAAGAAGAGUUAAGUAGCAAGUAUUUAGAGGAAGAUGGUUACAGGAGGGAGACGAUAGAAAUGGGCACAAAGUCCUUGGAUAGAGCUAGGAGCAGGAAUACAGUUGCAGGUCGAAUUAGGUCUGCCAGGACUGGAGCUGGCAUGGCACAGUCCCAAACAUUUGAAGGAUCCGUACUUGCACAGAGAAGGUACAACCAAGAAGACAAAAAAACAGACGUGACUGAAAUAAGUAAAGCCCAGAAGGGCAACAAAGAAAGAGAUGAAGGAACAAAACAACAAAGUAAACCCAGGAGUGGAAUUGCAGAUGACAUUUUUUAUGCAAAUCCAAGUGAGGGCACCCUGCCAUCGCCAGAGUGGAAAAAACUUCCAGAGAUUCUGUCGGCCCCCUCUUCAGCCAGCGUGAGAAAUAAGAUAAGUCAAUUUGAAGCUCUGACACAGAGAGCAGCAAGCGAAUUCCAGAUCCCAAGGCGAAGUAUGUCUGUACAGGCACAGCCCUGCCAACGCCAAGAAGGGGUUAAGAAGAGUGGGUCUGCAAAAUUCAUAGGUGAGCGAAACUAUAAGUGGGAGACGAAGACAGAUGGAAGCAGUGAAAAAAGGAUGAUGUUUGCAUCAGAGAAGUCUUUAUCACUGGUUGACUUUGGAUUCAAAUCAAGAAUGUCAGAGACAGAUUCAGGUAAUUUAUUAGACAGAAGGAAAAACAAUUUAUCCAAAGAUUUAGGUCAAUAUAACAGCCACAAGAAAACUUUGCACAUCCCUCUUAAUGAAGGAGCGGAAAAGCGCAGCAGAUUUCUUUUCUCCGAGGACUCAAACUUGAGAGGCACUGUGACAUUAACACAUACAUCAGACAUGCAGCCAAGGCCACAGUGGCAAAUUUUUUCACCAGUUAGUGAUGAUGACAAGACUCCGACAAACACCCCUCUGAACACCCCACCUUUUCUUUCACCUGUUGAAGAACCAGAGGAUUUCUUUCCCAUUGCAGAUAACACAAGCCUUCAUGUCACUGGACAAGAAGACAAAGCUAAAGAUACAGACUCUACUCUUUCUCCUCCGGUCAUUCUCUCCCUGACCAGUGAGCCAGAUUUUUCCCAGACCAGCAAGUCGGACGUUUUCUUAACAGACAAAGAAAAAACUAAAGAUAAUGAGUCCCUAGAUCUCCCUCCUGACACUUCUUACCAAAACAACUUGUCGGAUGUCGUCUAUUCAAAUGUAAAAGCAGAAUUACCUACAGGGAGGAAACAGCUAUUGGAUCUGAAUGCAUGGAUAGCCGGCCUGGACCCAGAGUACAAAAUCUGGAACGAAUACAUGGGGGAGUGUGAGGAUGAUGAUGAAAGCACACAGAAGGAUGAUGAUUCAAACGACUCUGACUCUGGGGAUUCCUCGGUGACCAUAACCAGCAACAUGAGCCAGUCAGAAAACAGGAGUUUCAGCCUCAGUCUUUCAAACUUGUGCAACUUCUCUGGUACUGACGUCGAAUCAGAUAAUGACAAUGAUGAUUGGCAGCUGCCAGGCCGACGAUCUGCCUCAUUUAGCUCAGAUGUCUCUGCCUUUUCCUGUGUCUCUCUGCUUCCUACUGAUGAGCUCGACAAGCUGGUAGAGGAAGUCAAGAACCUAGGGGACGAAACAUUACAGGACUAUGAUGAUGUGCAUGUAGUGGUUCUGCACAAGGAGGUGGGAGUAGGACUUGGGUUCAGUCUGGCAGGGGGUGUAGACCAAAACAAACCUGUCACUGUUCACAAGGUUUUUAACUCAGGCGUUGCGGCCAAGGAGGGUUCGAUUAGUGAGGGAGACCAUGUUUUGUCCAUUAACGGCACUGCUUUUUCAAAAAGUACUCACUUGGAGGCUCUGAGGACCCUCAAAAGGGCGAAGAGUAGAGAGAUGGCAGUGGUGGUCUUGAGGAAAGGUGACCUCAGUCAGUCAGAGACUCAGUAUGAGACAGGCCAGCGUGUGUGCAUCCAACUCGAGAAGAACAGCGUGGAUCUGGGUUUCAGCCUGAUGGGAGGUGUAGGGUCCAAUCUAGGGAACAAACCACUCACCGUCCAGAAGAUCUUCCGGGGUGGUCCUAUUGACAAGAUGUUCCCUGGUGAUGAGAUUUUAGAAAUUCAAGGCUUCAGCGUGGUGGGGAGGAGACGUCUGGAAGUGUGGAAUUUCAUUAAAACUCUUACCUCCGGGCCUGUGGAGGUGGUGCUACGACGGCCGGUUAAAGUUACGCAUUGAUGAGGACAGCGCUGAUGCUUCACCUUGUUCACAAUUUAAAGAAUGUGGACCAACCAGAAACUCAGAGGCUGUACAAUUGACGGCUUUGGACCCUGCCAUGGAAAAUAACUUUUAAAAAUAAAACCGUCGCGACUUUGAAUGUGUUGAACAAACAGUCAUCAUGAUGGUAUGAGCAAAGGAAUCCUAAAACCAGGUCAAAGGUGUACACUUUUCCCAUUAUGUGUCUUCAUGUAAAUCUACCUCAAGGCCUGAGAUGUUUAGUGUAAUAAAUUGUAUCAAUGUGUUACACAUUUAUAAAGCCAACCAACAUUUAAAGAGAAAAUGUUGUCAAUAUGUAAAAAUCUGACAAUGUAUUUUACCCAAUGUGUUUUAUUGUGAAUAACUGCUUUUAUUUUGAUGUAUUUUUAAUAAAUAGAUAUUUUCAUUAAA